AUGGAAGACAUUCGUUUAAUAUCAGCAUCACCACCAUUAUCAUCAUCAUCAUCAUCAUCAAUAUUGAAACCAAUUUGUUCAUCUUUAACUGGUUCAUUAACAAAUAAUAGACAACGAAUAGAUUCAGCAACUGUUAUACAACAAUCUGAUGUAUCAUCAUCAAGACCAGCUUUAUUAGCUGAUGAUGCAUUAGGACCACUUCUUUUUGAAGCUCUUGAUGGAUUUUUCUUUACAAUAAAUCAUAAUUGUGAACUUGAUUUUGUAAGCGAUAAUGUUGGACAGUAUUUAAAAUUUUCUCAAGAAGAACUUGCUGGACGAAAUUUGUAUCAUUGUGUACAUCCGAGUGAUGUUAGCGAGUUUAGCAAAGCUUGGGCAAAAAAAGAUGCCGGUGAUUCUUUAGCUCCAACGGUUAAUAUUGAACAACAAAAUGGUCAAUCACGUGGACGUACAUUCCUAUGUCGAAUGCGAACAAAUGAUGAAACUUCUCCAUAUGUAACAAUGAUUGUAUCAGUUGCUCUUCAUCGUGAUUCAUCUGGUAAUGAUAAAACAUUUUUGAUAUGUAUUGCUCGUCGACCACCAUUAAAUGAACUUAAAGAUAAGCCAGCUUUACUUGGUUUUGAUCAAUUUUCAUCACGAAUUAAUUUGCAAUUUGAUAUUGAAAAUUUAGAUUCAAGCCAUAUGAAAUGUGAAACAAUCGAUAUGAAUUUUAUGGGAAAAAAUUUUCGAGAUUAUGUUUAUGUUAAUGAUAUUCCUUUAAUUAAUCGACAUUUUCAAGAAGUUAUUGAAAAAGGUGAAUCAAAAAGUGGUGUAUAUCGUUUUUGUUUACAUGAUGAUAUAUAUGCUUUUGUUAAUACUUACAGUAAAUUAUUUUCUAAUACAACAACUGGUAAAUCAGAAUCAAUUAUGUCUACUCAUACAAUAGUUCGUCUAAUUGAUAAUAUAAAUGAUUUAAAUGGAAAUGCUUCAACACGUUUAAUGAAAUCAAUAAUAACAUUAAAUCGUGAUUUACAAAAAAAUAAACAACAAUCAUCAACAAAUAAAAUUCUUACACAAUCACAAUCACCAGCACGAACAUCAACACCACCAAUAGGUACACAAUUUGCAUUAACUAUGUUAGGUAUGCAUAAAAAUGCAUCUGAUUCUUUACAACAACAUGUAUCAAGUACAUUGGGAACACUUCUUCAAGUACAACAUUCUUUAUCAGCACCAAUAUCUAGUCCUAAUGAUAAAGUUCAACAACAACAAUUAAAUGUUCCAUCACCACCAACACCACGAAUAAAUGCCCAAAAAUCUUCUACAUUUGAUAAUGUUUCUUCAUCGAAUAAAGUAGAAUUUGGUAGUAAACGAACAUCAUUUAGUCCUUCAUUAAGUUCCGCUCAUUCCAGUCAUGGUAGUGUUUCAUCACCUGUUAAUUCUUUUGAUUUACUUUUUACAUCUGUAUCACCAUCAAAUGAUUUAAAUCAUUUUUUACCAUCAUGUUCACCCGUUAAUAAAAAACCUUCAUCACCAUUACAAUUAUUAGAUCCAACAUCGUUACUUUUUGCAAAUAAUGAUAUAUAUACAACAGCAUCAAGUCCAUUAACAACACCAACAACUCAAUCAUCACGUAGUUCAACACGUUUAAGACAAUUACUUGCAACUAAAUCACCAUCAUCAACAACAAUACCAAGUCCACAUUAUCAUAAUGAUACAAAAACUCAUACAAAUACAUUUGAUGAUCUUAUACAAGUUGCUGAAAGUCCAACAACAACACAUGUAUCACCAUUACCUAAUGAUAUACCAUCACCAAUAAAACGUUCAAGAAGUCAUAGUCAAACAAAUGGAAUAUCAAAUAAUACAAAUAAUGUAGCUGAUAUACUUCUUAAACAAAUUUUAGGACGACAACCACCACCAACAACAACAAAAAUAUCAUCAACACCAAAUCUAUCUGAUGUUCCAACAUUAGAAACAAAUUCAACAUGGUCAUCACCUUUGUCUGUACCAUCAAUAAAAACAGAACUUAAUACUAUUGAUGAUAAUACACUCACCGGACCAACAACAAAUACAACUAGUGCUACUAAUAAAUUACGUAGCGAUAUUUUUCUUCGAACAUUGCUCAAUGAUGAAGUACGUCCACAAAAAGUUGUUGUUGAAGCUCCAUUUGUUUAUAAUUCACGACAUAAAACAAAUCAACGUACAUCAAAUAGUGCAAAUCAAUUACUUGGAAAUAAUACGAAAACACUUGGUAAUAAUGGACGUUCAACAUUAAAAGGUCAAUUAUCAUUACCAAUAAAUAAUUUAUCAGAUAAUACAAAUAUAUGGGAUCAAAAAUCUAAGAGAAAACAACGACAACAUUCAAAUAGUUUUGGUAGUCGAAAUAAUCCUAUGACAACAACAACAACAACGACACCAUCACAACCAAGAAGACCUGGACGACCAAAACGAGAUCAAACCGAUUAUCUUCUAUCAAAUCCUCAAUCAACAUUAUCGGAUAAUUCACUUGAUUCAUUAUAUGAUUCAUCGACAAAUAUUGAACAAUCAUCAUCAAUCAAUCAAUCAUCACCAAUUGUACUUCGUCGUACAACACGAAAAUUGUCAGCGUCAACAAAUUCAAAACGUCCUAUUGAUAAUGAUGAUCAAUUACAACAUCCAAGAAAAUAUCCAAAAUUACUUACACAAGUUAUUAAAGAUGGUAUCAAAUUUGAAUGUCAAGAUCAAUCAAUCAUUUCACCAUCAGCAGCAAUUGCUGCUACACGUCCACUUAAUCAACCAUCUCAACCAACUAUUAAAAUUGAACCGGACACAUUUGAUCGUAAUCAUCUAUUAAAUAAAACUCCACCACCAUCAUUAAAACGAUCAACAAAUAAUUCAACAUCAACAAGUUCUCAAUCAACAUUAUUACGUUCAUUAAUUCGUUCACCACAAACUCCAUCAUUAACAACCAAAAAAGAUGCACCAUUAUAUGAUCUUUUACAAAAUCUUGAUUCAAAUGAUUCAUCUAUAUUUUCAACUCUAAAUUCAACUUCAACACCAUCAACAACACCAAUAAAUAAUAAUAAUAAUAAUAAUAAUAAUAAUAAUAAUAAUAAUAAUACUUCAAUUGAUCCACUUGAACAAUAUCUUACUCCAGAAUUAUCACAAUCAACAUCAACAACAAAAAAUUCUUCAUCUAAAGAUGAUUAUCUUGCUGCCUUAUUAAGUUCUGAUCCUCAACAACCAAAUGAAAUAUCAUUUAUUCCAAUAAAUAAACAACAACAACAACAACAACAACAACAAACACCAAUAUUAACACGAUCAUCAUCAACAUCGAGUGAUAGUAGUCGUAUAGCAGCUCUUGUUAAUGAUUUAUUUAAUUCAGCAACAAAUGCAACAACAGUAAAUAAUUCAAAUGAUGAUUUCUUAUCAUUAUUAGACAAUAAAGAGAUUUUCGAGUGUUUAAGUGAUCCGACAACAAUUGAUUCAAUACUUUCACAAAAUUCUACAAGUGCUAUGGAAUCAUCAUAUUCAUCAACAACACCUAAUCGUAGUGAAAAAGAUGAAAAAGCGAUUAGUGAAAUCUAUAAAACACUUGUUACUUCAUUUAAUCCCGGUUCGUCUUCACUCGAUUUACCUGUUGAUAAUAGUCCUUUCAGCUCUAUCACCGGUGACUUUUUAUUAGCUGAAAAUUCUACUAUGUCAAUACCACCAAAUCGAACAGUUAAUACUGAUCCAUCUAUGACAAUGUAUCGACAACAACCAACAACAUAUUCAUAUCAAAGUCCUCAACAACAACAAUCAUCAACGACAAAUCCUUCACAAUUUUCUGAUUGUCUUUCAAUGGAUAUGAUGGAUACUAAUUCUUUUCCACCAAAUAAAUCUUUAUCACCAAUUAAUAAUUCUUAUUCAUUACCACCAUCAUCAACAACAAAUACAACAACACAUAUGGAAACAAAUCCUAUGAUAAUGUAUUCUCAAAAAACACCAACACAUAUUCAACAUCAUCAAGCACAAAAUCAAAUGUCUAAUCUAUUUUAUCGUCAAACAUCUCAAUCUACACAACAACCUAUGUAUAAUAAUUUUAUUCAACCACCACCACCACCACCAAAUCAAGUUGCUCCUGGUUAUUAUUCAAUGCAACAACAACUAUCACCACAACAGCGAAUACCAUCAUCUAAUCAUUCAUCACCAUUAAAUAAACGACAAACAUUAAUUCAUCACCAACGAACACCACAACAAAAUAAUCCACAACUUCAAUUACACAUGUCAAUGAAUGUGACUUUGCCACAUAUGACACCAAAUCAACAACAACCACAGCAAGCACAGCAACAGCAACAUCGACCUAUGAUGAAUACAUACAAUGAUUUAAUGAUGCCCAAUGGUAAUGGUCCAACAUUACAACAAGAUUUUCAUCGACUUUCACCAUCAUUAUUAAAUAAUAAUACACUUGAUCUUCCAUAUAAUCAUGAUAUUUUUAUGUCACCAUCACCAUCACGAUCACCACAUCCACAACAAUUAACACAAAAUCGUCAUAUGACUGUAAUGCAAACCCAGCAACAAUCAUCAGUUUCUCCUUCUCCGCCUCCUCCUCCUCCACAAGCCACUAACCAUCAGCCAUAUUCUAAUAUGAGUGUGGCUCUAUCGGCGACCAUACAACAAAAUUCGCAUAAUUCAAACAAUCUCAUGAAUCCAUCAAUACCAAAUUUAACACCUGCUGAAUGUCGUCAAUCAGAAGAAUUAAAUAAUCAAAUGAUGAAUUGUUUAAGUUUUCAAGCAGGUCGAUCUACAAGUGAAUUUGUACGUAAACAAUUACAAAAUACAAUUCAUGGACGACAAAAACCAGCCGGUGGAAAAGAUAUGUCAGGAGCAACAGCACAGAAAAUGAUAAAUUCGUCAAAUCUUGAUUCUAAUCAAAAAGGGGCCUAUUUUCGAAAUAAAUUAUCAUCUCAAUUAUCCACUCCAUCAUUACAAACAACUAUAAGAUCACAACAGCAACAACAACAAUAA